AUGGGCAAAGCUGUGUGCGGGCUGGUGGCCCUAUGGAUGGCGGCGUCGCUGCUGGCCCCCACCCACGGCGUGGGGCUGGAGGAGCUGGUGGGGACGGCGCGGGAACGCGGCUUCACUGCCCGGGGCGAGAUGUUCUCAGCGGUUGACAUGGCGGCGCUGGCUGAGGAGCUUUUCCCUUGUCGCGCUGAGUUACUUUCGGGGGGUUUGGAAGGGUCCAACCAGCCUCGGAUCUUGCGUCACCUCCUUGGGGGGCUCCCCCUCCUCGUGCCCUACGACGAGGACAGUAACCACGAACCUUGCUGCCGUCGCGGCCACAAAGCCCACUGGGCUGUGCUGACGGGUGUUUUGCUAGGCAUCCGCAGCGAGGCAUUGAGCCCGAACUACAGGCAAGAUCCCGAAAUCCCCAAUCUCUUCCACCCUGCCUCGUCAUGGUUUAAGGGGGACGGAAUGAUAUUGGGGGGGGGCGAAGAAUUAUUUUGGGGGGGGACACAACCGAUAGAGGGGGUUUUGGUGUUGGCGCAGCAGGGGAAGAGCCCCCGUUGUCAACUUUGGGGGUUGGGGGGGCUUCAUGGCAGCAAUGUGCAGCUGAAGGAGCUGAGCCCCCAUCGGGAGAACGACGGCCAUCGUUAUGUCCUCCCCCCGGGGGGGCUGGGGGUUGGCCUGAGGGGGAGGGUUGUGCUGCUGCAUCCCCGGAUUGAAGGGGGGGGCACACAGCCCCCCCCUCAAUAAAUGGGGCUGGUUGAAGGAAAGGCGGGAGGGACACACAACUGGUGUU